UUACGAUUCGAAUCUCAAGAAGAGGAAUAUACAAGCUGGUGAGCUCCUCCACGUGUGAUUCCCUGACGUCAUUUGGGGGCGGAAAGAAAACGACCUCCGAGCCUCCGCGGAUGGAUCUCCAAUGCUACAUUACGCUUUCCUACAACAUCCUUCUCAAUGGGCAUCGACAUCCUCAGAAAGGGUCAAUACUUGACACACCCUUUCUCCUCGGCCCGAGCAAGUUCCAGUAGAUCGGCUGCGCUGCCAUCAGAACUCCUGGACGAAGUUGUCCAAUGGGCCCUUCUGCAGGAUGAGCACGACCUGGCUAGCAGAUCCGAAACAUGCACACCUCUGCGGGCAGAAGCGCUCUAUGCCUCGUCGAAAUCCAUACAGCGCCGUGUUUCCUGCCUUCUUCGCGAUUCGACCUCGUUUGCCAAGUUGUCGCGAUAUCGCCAAGUGAAAGAGAUUGCCAGAUACCUCGCCGACGUUGAAAAGUGGUCUAAUCAUGGACCUCAUGUCAUUUAUCCUUGGCCCCUUCAUAAUGGCCAAGCAUCCGACUUUCUCGAAGCGCUGAUUGGCCUCGCGUCGACGAAUCGUCUGCUCCGACCUGCCUUGUCAAUUUCGACCUUUCUGCCUGGCUCCGAGCAGCGGCAGCGUGGUCAGCGCCUACCUCAACUACUUGCUCCCAUGAGCCAAGAGCGCAGGAGCAAGAACUUCCUCAGAGCAGGUGCGAGGCUGCCACCCUACGUAUGCUCCACUUUUUGGGCAAUCAUGCCUCCAGAGCAGGAGUUGAGGCGGUGCUUGCAUCGCUUCCUGCUCCUGGCCACUCCCUCAGAUGCGUUGCCGACCCUAGACGAGAUGUGGUUCUUUGCCGCUAGCAUCGCAUGUUGGGCUGCUCUCUCAAGCGACGGCGCAGACCAAGAGAUUGGCAGAGUUCUAGCGAAGAGCACGAGAAGGGGGAAUGUGGGAGAGACGAAAUUUCAGGAGCCUCCCUGGGCGCGAGAGAUUGUCGUGCACAUGAAGUGGGCCGCCCAGGACUUCGUGCGUCACGGCAACGAACGGCUUGGGUCCACAUGAUGGUCCUUAGGACGCAGCGGCCACCAUCCAAGAUGCAAACCCUCUCCCAGUCGAAACUCUUGCACAGCAUUUGCUCAAUUCAUUUGAUGAUCGCGGAUGCUGAUCUUGUGUGGGCUGACGAGUACGACCUGAGCAUCGCUGCGGGGUCGGGCUCUCAAUCCGGAGAUCGUCUGGCCAUCAAUCGCCGUUUCACGUCCAGCGACAGCAUGGACCGUCGAGGCCUGCACGGCCGAACCGGGCGCAGACGGAUUCAAGCGCAUCAAGAAAGGUUGUGGGGUUUUCGUCGCUGCCUUCUGGUGGCAACUGA